AUACUAAGCAGUGUCGUUAGUGUUAUUAUGGCAACCAGUUAGCCCGGCCGCGAAUGCGAAGGAUCAUGUGCAUCAUAAAACACUAAACCAGUACGACUUGGGCAACGCAAGAUAAAUGAAUUGUCGUUAAAAACCGUCGUAUUCGUUGAUUUUUUAUUUUUCCGUUAUUUAUGUACGCGCCUAAAAUCAGCAGCAUUGCCGUUGUGUAUUAUUUCCAGACCGCUUUGAACUAUUUUAUUAAAAAAACGACGACGAUAAUAUAGUAUGUACAAAACGGUUUUUGUCGAGUACAAGCAUCGAGCAUUUUUCAAUAGAUUUCAAUAAAUUUUCUCCGUCGUUUCGCGGUUAUCACACGAGGAUAAGCGUAAGACGUGAUCAACAGCGCGGGAAAACCACCGAAGGAAGCUCUCAGUAUUUUUUUCGAAAGGAAAAUUUAAGAUGACAAAAGGAGCUGGAGGUUCUUUGGCGAUAGUAGUCGCUCCCGAUGGCGGCUGGGGUUGGGUUGUCGUUUUUGCAGCUUUUUACUGCAACAUGAUAGUGGACGGAAUCGUUUACACUUUCGGAUUGAUCAUGAAAGAUAUAGCCACAGAUUUAAAUGAAACAGAAGCUAUGGCUACAAUUGUCGGAUCACUGCUAACCGGAUUCUAUCUCAUCGCAGGACCAUUUGUGAGCGCACUCGUGAAUAGUUUUGGAUUCAGAACAGUUACCGUCCUGGGAAGUCUAAUUUCGUUUGGUUCAUUUGUGUUGGGGGCUUAUGCAACAACUGUUUAUCAACUUAUGUUUUUCUACGGUUUCGUUGGAGGUAUCGGAUUUAGUAUGGUUUAUGUGUGCGCAGUAUUAAUACCAGGAUUUUAUUUCGAUAAAUGGCGGGCUCUUGCUACCGGUAUAGCGGUGUGCGGUUCUGGAAUUGGAACUUUUGCUCUUGCCCCUUUAACGGCGUUUAUAGUCAGGCACUACGGAUGGAGAUCUACUAUAUUGGUUCAAGCAGGGAUGGCGUUGAGCUGUGCCGUUUUCGGAAUACUGUUCCGGCCUCUCGAGCCCACCAUAGUCGAGGUGCCUUCGAACAAUCCCAUUGUGAUAGAACCCGAACGACCGGAAAACGAACCGUUGCUCGUGGCAGUUAACCAUAAUAACGAGAGGAAAUUGUCAGUAGACACUAGGUUGAGUACCCUGAGAAAUGGAGCGCCCACGGCCGAGGCGGUAUUCCACCAUCUGUCAGGACGGUUGACGCCGGAUCAUCCGAACAUAAGUUUGUCGUGUUAUUCGCUGAACACGACCACAGCGGUAAAAGACAGGUUGACGCUGGAGACGAAAGAAAAGAAAUUGUCUGUGACGAGUAACAGAAGAAACACCAUCACCCCGUCGUUAUCGUCUCAGCCGAUGGACAGGGACGACAGAUUCUUCGGAGGAAGCCUCUCGAGACUACCGCAGUACUCCUCGCAGGUUAGUUCGUUGAACUAUACCAUGUCCGUUACGAGAAUACCCGCGUGGAACGAGGUUGACAACGAAGAGGCGGUGGAAUCUGUGAAAAAAAAAUGUCAAUCCAGCGUUCAGAAAUACUACAGGUCGACGAUGCACACGCUUAAGACCAUGUUGGAUUUCUCGAUUUUGUUAUCCCCGUCCUUUUUGGUGCUGACCGCCAGUGGCUUUUUAACGCUAAUGGGCUACUAUGUGCCGUUCAUGUUUAUAAGCGAAAUGGCAACCGAUCUGGGAAUGGAUAAAGACAACGCUGUGUAUAUAGUUUCAAUCAUCGGAAUAACUAAUACGGUAGGCAGAGUACUGUGCGGUUGGAUAUCCAGCUUCGAUUCGAUAGAUCCGAUAUUUCUAAACAAUGUAUCCCUAACACUCGGCGGGAUCUACACAUUCAUUUUACCUUUUUUUCCGUAUUCCAUGUUCUCUUAUUACCUGUACGCUAGCCUUUUUGGAAUCUUAAUGGCCUGUUUUGCAUCGUUACGGUCGACCAUGGUCGUGGAAUUGACCGGGCUCGAAUUGUUGACAAACGCUUUUGGCGUUCUUUUGAUGUUCCAAGGGUUAGCAGCAGCUGUUGGAUCUCCCAUCUUAGGAAUAUUUAAAGAAUGGUCCGGCAAUUAUGACAUGUCUUUUUACUUGGCCGGUAUAUUAUUGAUACUGUCGGGUGUAAUUUGCUAUCCCAUGAGAAGAGUCAAGAAUUGGGAAGACAAUCGAAAAAAGAAAACCAAUAACGUUUGACUGUUGUCGCUCUAAGCGGUUAACCCUUCAAUGCUUUCCAUUGUUUUUUUAUUCGUUAACUAUGAUUGCGAUACAUUUAUGUCGUUUUAGCGGAUAAAAAUGUGUAAUUCGCGUCCACGUAGAUACCACAAUAUAAAAUAUAUGUAUGUAUGUUGUCGUGAUGGCGUUUUUGUUAUUGUUAAAUAAUUUGUAUUACUCUAACAAAUUUUAGAAAUUAUUAUUAUUACGAUUUGAUGUAUGUGAAUAUGAUAUUAUUUUCAUUUUAUAAAUGACUCGGAA